AUCAGCUGGAAGCAGCAAUAAACAGCAGGAAAAAAAACCAAUCUGCAGCAGAUAAAAACAUCAAAAAAACAAUCAAACAGAGGAGGAAAGAAAAACAGCUGCAGAUGUUUUGAUCUGGAAUAAUAUAUAUAAGUGUAACAUUUUCUUUUUUUUUUUACACGAAGCCCUUCUUCUGAGAAGAAAGCCUUUUUAUUUUUGUAGCUAUAAUGGUGUUUGAACUACCUCACUUAAAGGCUAUCUAAAGCUGUGCUUUAAAGAACUCUGCUCCUUUCUACUGUCUGUGAGAUCUCGUUUACAACUUGAAUAACACCGCAAGGCAGGCCUUUGCUCCAAACCAAGUGAAACCUUACAUUUGCACUACUGAAGCUUGUCCACUCCUGUUUGUCCAAACCGAGAUCCAGCAAAGGGCUUCAAGUAAAAAUAACAAAAGAAGGAAGACUAAAAAAAUCCGACAAAGAAUUGCUUAAAACAUCAACAAGCGAAUACCUAAACAGAAUUAAGAAAUUCUAAACGGCAGCUACAACUUUUUCUUUGACGAAGACAAAAAGCACCUGAGUCACCGACACUUUGACAACGCGAGCGGCCAUGUUCCAGCGUCUGAGCAACCUGCUGUUUGGGGAGGUGGAGGAGGUGGCGGCUGAGCUGAAGGGACCCAACCCUUGUGUGACGGAGGCUGACGAGGAGGGAUGGAUGCUCGUCAACCUGCCUGAAGAAUCUGACUGCAUGAGGCAGGUGGAGGAUGUGAUGGGACCCCCGCUGAUUGCACAAUCACUCCCAGACAGUAGCCAAUCAAAUCAUGAGGUCACACAUACGAGGACUGAGUGCUCGGCCCCGAUUCCACAACCGCCUAACAAGCGUCGCAGGAUGCAUAAAGGUCGGGCACGGGGUGCAGUAGCACCAUCAGACCCCCUGUUUUGUCCGAGCGCUAGCCCGUUACACUCGGGUGCCACCGCACCCGUGACCCUGCCGAGACGGGCCAGAUUGUCCACGCCCUCCUCCACCCCUUCGUUGUCCCCCGGCUCUGGAAGUGAGUGUGGGGGCAGUGGGGGUAGCGGUAGGGCAGGCCGGGAGAGAGGCUGCAUGGAUGAGAGCUGGUUUGUCACCCCUCCCCCCUGUUUCACUGCAGAGGGAGCCACAGCGGAGGCCAGCCCGAUGGAGGACCUGCUCAUCGAGCACCCCAGCAUGUCUGUGUACGUCUCCCCGAGCAGCUUCUCCAUGGUCUCCAACGGCAACCUGUCUGUGGUGGGAGAGGAAAGCAUCGUCAGCCUGGGAAGCAGUGUGAGCAGAGUGGCAGAACAAGCUGCCGCCCCCGCCGCCCGCAGCACCAUGCCCACCAGGGUGAGCCGCGGAGCAGCUGCCCAGGCCGGAGCUCUGGCCAAGGUCACCCAAGUGGCCAGGGUCCAGCGAGGCAAAGCCCGCAUCGAGCGACGCCAUCUGGGCCGCAACCGCAUCCAACGCCAAAACCGCACCAGGGAGCAGGUCCCUCGCCACGGGAACCACGCCAGAAACACCUUCCUCCACCAGCCCAGCAAGCGCAACAUCUGCCACUGAACUCUCCGGAAUCCAGGAGGGGAGCGUCGUUCACUCUGAGGGCAUUAGUAGAGCAUAGUCAACUCCAAGACACACAAGAUUAAAUGUAUUCACCCACGGCAAUUUUUGCGUUUAUUUCUGAACAUUAUAUCAAAUUACACUCAGAUACCAGUAGACCGGUAGCUUAUUUUUUUUGUUUUGGUCCAGUCACAUAGUGACUUCACCUGGUAGUUUUAUGCCCCAGUCUGCUGUUGUGAACCAAGCCCUCUGAGUAGAUCUGUGUAGACCUUUAUGAUACUUGCAGUAUCCAAACAAAAACAAAAAAAUCUUUAUUCAAGUUAUACUUCAUAACAAUAACGUCUGAAAAACAACAAAAAGUUUAGCAUUCUUAGUAAAAUAUUAGUUUUUUCUUUCACUAUUCCCCAAAGCAUGUUUUUUAUUUAUUAUUUCAAUCAUUAAGUUUUAAAUUUGGACUUUAAGACGUUUCUGGUAGGAACCAUGCAGACAAGACAGAGACAACUUAAUCCUUCGUAUCUUUGCACAGAAAGCAACUCAUCAUGUCUUUCGAAGCUUUUACUUACUUUUUUUUUUCUGAAAAAAGUGAAAGGAAUAUGUGUGAGAGGAAAACCACUGGACAUUUAGUUUUCCUCCAGUUCCGUCUGUCAUCAUGAAAUGUAAAAGACGAAGGGGAGGAAACGUGGGGAAACCCUGUUUCAUCACAGGAAGCUAAAGUUGUGAUAUUUCUCUCUUCUCGCUAAGUGAAGGGCGAGAGCAAGUAGAAGAUGGUGAGAGUACGAGCAAAACAGACUAAAGAGUACAAGUAAUGUCACGCCCAGUUAGAACUAGACAUUAUUAAAAGGAAUGGAACAUGGAACAGUCAUAGGAAAGUGUUAUGUAACCCUCUGAGCAGCCAAGAGCAUUUAGAAAACAACCCCUUGUUUGGAUUAUUCCAUCAAAGACGCCCUCUUUUUGUCACCAUGAAGAUUGGUGUUAAGAGCAACCAUAAUAAAUAUUAAGAUUAAAUUAUUAAUAAAGAGUAUGGAUGGAGUUGAGGGGAAAGGAUGCAGGCCUUCUCUUUGGGUUACAGGGUGUGACAGGUUGUAGUAGGUGUAGAGCGAUAUUGAUGGCAACUCUUUAUUUUGUUUUGUGACAUUGUUUUCUGCUCAUUUUGUCUUUUGAAUCCGAAAGAAUAGAAUAGGAGUAGAACGGACAUUGAAAACAGUUUUCUGUGGUCAUUUAAAGGGUGGCUGGCUAUUCUUAGCUCCUUGUCCGGAGCGGCAGGGAGUGAGGCCGUUAGACAAACAGACUGCCUGGCACAUUUUCUGUAACCAGUGCAGUACUAAAGCAUGGUGGAAUUAGCAAACAAGCUAACUAGCCAGCUGUCCGCAAGUUGGCUUGAUAUUUUCCACCAUGUUUUGAUGCUACACUGGUUACAAAUAAUGUGCCGAACAACGUUGUCAAUCAUCUGGUGAUAGCAACGUGCUUUCCUACGCUGUGACAUGAGAGAGGAUGAAGAAAUAAGUUGUUAAAUUUUACAAAUUUACUCUGGCUCACGUUUCUAUUCCACUGCUUGUUUUAGUGGAUUCUACAAAACCUCACCUCAGUGACUCCGCGACUUGCAGCAAGUCGGUUUAGCGUAUAUGGAAGUUCUGCAACGCUACGCCUUAACUACUGACCAUCCAACCACGUUGAUUUGAAUAUGAAUGUCCGUUUUACUCACAUUCUAUUCCUAUGAUAGUUACAUUAUUUUACAGUCUCUCUGUCUCUCUCUGCACGGUUCCACCAGAAGAAAGAAAAUAAAUCUUGUUACUUUCAGACAAAAAGAAAGUACACUUCUGGCUUUUAAAGCCAACAAAUAAAAUAAGAUAAAAUAACUUGCAAAGCAUGAUGAUCAUUACACGUGUGGUUCGUAAACAAAAGUAAUGAGCCCGGCACACAUCGGCCAUUUUUCAUCCACAUUGUGUGUGCUGUGAUUUUACGUUAUCCAUGUUGAACACCAAAAAGGAAAGUACGACCUUUUCUUACACACCAGUUACUUUCGUUGAAAAGUCACUGAGGAAAACUGUUAGGAGAAAGGGGGAGAACCGCCUCCUUAGAACCUAACAAACACCCAUCUUCCCCUCUUCAACAUCAAUAGCUAUCCUCUUGCAUUAGGUCGUGCAGGUGCAACCCGUUGCUCUCUAACAUGUACUCCAUUACCGCCUCUCCUUCUAGCACAUCCAGCUCUAACAGUUUCCACUCAAAGAUCCAGCUUACUGAUAUGUAUUCAACAACAAUAGUAAACAAUGGUGCUGACGUGUAUACUAAUGUUUGUAAAUUAUUUGAGACAUGGAUGUAAGUUUGCACUGUCAUACAUUUAGUGAGUCAAAGUUUUAGCGGUGUGCCGUGUGCUUGUUUUUUUUGUUUUGUUUUUUCUUUCGUGAUAUUUUGUUUUGUUCUGAUUCAAAUUGUGUGUGAGAAGGUGUACUGACACGUUAAAAAUGUUAGAAACUCUUUAAAAAAAAAAACAUGAAUAAUGAUCAUUUUAUUUCUCUUGUAAAUAUUACAAAAAACAUUUUAUAACUGCUCCGUUAGAUGUCAAAGCCUCUCAGGACUUGAGUCCACAGCGUCGUGUCCGAUGGGACUAAUGAGAAUCCUCCUCCGCCUCACCUCUGUGCUCGUUAUCAAAUCAAGAGGGCAUUUAGUGGCCAAAAGUGGUGUCUUUGCCCUAAAAACUGCAGUUUGAUCUCUUUGAUAUGCACCAUAAAUGAAAUAAAAAAACAGCACUAGACUCAAAGUUGAUGUGCCAUAGGCGAACACUGCCCUCCAGAGGUUUCCCUUAGCACAGCUGUACGGAUGCUGGAGAGGAUACAGAACACAACGACAUGGUUUUAAUACAAUCUGCUUUGUCUGUCUGGAAAAGGAAAUGUCUUGUUUUAUUUAGAUCAUCUAUAUAAGAGAAAGACAUCAUUUUUCCUUGAUUCACAUACCACUAAGUUUUCAUUUCGGCCAACAAUAAUUUAUAAAUCACUCUGUAAAAGGGACAGUUAACCAAAAAUACAUAUUUUCCAAUCACCUGUAGUGCUUUUUUUUCAAUCUAGAAGGUUUUUUUUGGUUACUAAAGAUAAAUCACAGAGCUUGUUGGGAGCAGGUUCAUGUCAUGAUUUCUGGAAAGAGACAUUGCUGUUGAUUAUUUUAGACGCAUUGUUUUAGGCGCCACAAGCUGCUUGAUAUCUAAUCCAAUUAUUUUGCAGUGAAGGUAGAAAUAUUUUCCUCCAAAAACAAUCUAGAUUGAUAUAUAGCACUACAGUGUAAAAGGAAACAUGUAUUGUUGAUUUUGUGUUGAACUGACCCCUUUAAUGUUUGUUAAUUUAUGAUAUAAUUAUGAAUAUUUAUCUUUUAUUCUGUUUAAAGGUGACUAUUAUUUAUCCUGUUAAUUCCUCUGAAUUGUGCAGGGGAUGGACACACAUACAUACACACACGCAUACACACACACACACACACACACACACACACACACACACACACACACAAAAACAACCUAGUGAACUCUGUUUAGACUUCCUCACUCCAGAGACUUCACUAUUCUGAUUGUGUAUGAGUUCUGUAUUUUGUUUACCUGUAAAAUGCUAUAUACAGUGUGAAAACAGGGCGAUACUGAGAGAUCACUGCUGAAUGUGUGUGUGUGUGUGUGUGUGUGUGUGUGUGUGUGUGUGUGUGUGUGUGUGUGUGUGUGUGUGUGUGUGUGUGUGUGUGUGUGCAUACAAAAUGUAAAGACCACCACAAACCCGUCCUAUUUGCCUCAGUUUUAUUUCUUCCUUUUUCACCCGUGUCAUGUAACAAAAGGAAAUGUGUUAUCAGUAUGUUGUGUGUGAUUUUUGAAAGGUGUUGUUUGAGGGUGAAAGUCAUCCACCAAUGGGGAGAGGAAGCCUAUAUGAUGAGGACAGGGACAGGAUGAGGCAGGAGAUAGUUAUAUAUAUAUAUAUAUAUAUAUAUAUAUAUAAAGAAAAAUCAAAAAGAAUUUAAUGUAUCCUAAAAAAAUACAAUAAAAAUAUGCUUGUAUUUUCCCAUAUA